AUGACACCUGCAGGAUGUAACCGAUGGCAUCUUUCAAGUUCCCAAGCCAAGGCCAAGAUCGUGUUGCUUACAUAUCUGUCCGAAUAUGGAAAAUAUUUCCGUUCGUCAAUCGCUACCAGAAUUGUUCUCGGAAAAUCACUGCAUUUGUCAAAAAAUUCGUACAUUGCACACCAUACUCGGGUUAUUAACGCCAUUCGAUGA